AAAACAUGGCCGCGCACUGACAAAUGUCACAUUACUUCUUGUCCUGAAAACAAACGGUUCAUAACGUCUGUUUUAUAACCUGUCAAGUGGAUUUAAAAUAAAAGAAACGACGUCUGGAUUUUACCUUACGCGGCUCAACAUCCUCAAGGGAUAAUCCAGUGAACACCAUGGUCCAUUUAUCAUCACUCCUCUUAAAGAAGUACCACGGGGGUUACGUUGUCAUUCGACUUGCUCUUGCAGGCCACAGACAAGCUAACAGACCCUUUUAUCGUAUUGUGGCAGCUUACAACAAAAGAGCAAGAGAUGGUAAAUAUAUUGAGCAGCUGGGUUCCUACGACCCCCUCCCUAACAUCUACAAUGAGAAACUUGUCAGCUUCAACUUCGACCGAAUCAAGUACUGGAUCGGCUGCGGUGCACACCCUACAAACCCUGUGGCCAAACUUCUAGGGUUAGCAGGAUUCUUCCCUCUGCAUCCCAUGACCAUUACGGAGGCAGAGCGGCAUAGGGCUCAAAUGGAGUCGACAGAAACAGCAACAGGAACAGAGGAAGUUCUGGAGGCUGGACAGAAGCAGACUGAAGUGUGAGAAUUAAAGCUGAGGACUGUGUCCAACUUUUGAUUUCACAGGUAUUUGAUCAUUGAUCUGACCAGUUUGUGUCCUGAUUUGUUGGACGGACUACUCACAGCAACUUCAGAAAUAGCAUAUUGUAGUCCUAAUUGCUUCCGUGGUCUUUAAGAACAAACUACAUUACAGCUGAUACUUCAUAAAAUUCAGUGGCUUCAUGUGUAUGAAUGUUGGGUGCCAUAACAGGUACUUCUUUGUAUUUACAAUUUUAUUUGACUUAAUUAAAGUAUUUGGAAACUA